AUGCUUUCGCCGUCGCCGUCACUCCGCUAUCACAGGAGGAUCAUUAUGCCUUCUAAUUUGCCAAAUCUACGUCGGCUCUUUGUCGACGCGCGUAGCGAAGCCGAAGAGAGCGCGUACUCCAGAAAGGCUUUCUACAACCUCGCCAUUUUCAUUUCUUCUGUUGCUGUAUUCAGUCUGAUGGCUCAGCGCAUGGCUUCUGCAAAGACGAUUACUUCGUAA